AUGGGUAUUCCUUGGAAGGCCUGGUAUCGUAUUCCAAAGAAGUAUGGAGGCUUGGGUUUUAUGGAUUUAAGGGCUUUUAAUUUGGCAAUGUUAGGCAAGCAAGCCUGGCGGUUUCUCACUAGGCCGCACUCACUGGUGGCAAGAAUUUAUAAAGCCAGAGAUGCCCAUGAGCUUGAGGGUUCCUUGGUCUCAAGGCUGAUUGACCCAAACUCUGGGACAUGGGAUCAUUCUAUUCUUCUUGAUAUUUUUUCACCUACGGAUGUAGAACGCAUUUUGAAGGUUCCGGUGAGCCUAGAUUAUGAGGACUUUUGGUUUUGGCUGGGGACCCGGGGUUGCUAUUUGGUUAAAGAAGGUUAUAAGCGCACUGUUGGAAGUUUUGACAUUAUGCCGGGGACUUUUGAUAAAUGGUUACAUCUUUGGAAAAUUAAAUCCCCUGUAAAGUGGAAAACUUUUCUCAGGAGAGCCCUUUCAAAUGUCCUCCCUACUACUACUAACUUGAUUAUAAAGAGAGUAGAUGUGAAUCCUUCAUGCCCUAUGUGUGGUCUUAUGCAUGAGAAUAUUAUGCACUCCCUACUUUUAUGUGAUUUUUUUAAACUAGUUUGGCAUGAAUCAUCUUUGCAAAUGUCUAGUGUGGUUGGGAAUGAUUUUAGUAUGUGGUUUACUAAUGCAUUGAGUGUGCUAACAGAGGAGGAACUCCUUGUGGCUGUUGCAGUUUUAUACCACAUAUGGAGGGCUCGCAAUACAGCUGAAUGGGAGGGCAGUUUGCCACAUCCAAAGGGCGUAUGGCGAAGGGCACAGACUGCCGUUGUCGCCUGGAGGGAGGUUCAUAUGGCACUGCCCAUCGACGCCACCUCCUGCUCAGCAUCGCCUAACUCCAGUUGCUACUGUUUCGAACGUUGUCGUGCCUCAUGCAGCAGGGUUGCCACCGAGGUGCUUCUUCGACGGCAGCUUUCAACCAGCCACCAAGAGGGCCACGGUGGGAGCGGUCUUGCUCUCGGCGGAUGGAGUGUUCCUCGCAGCUUUCAAUGGUCAUCUCCCCGCUUGUUUCUCUCCACUAAUGGCCGAGUCGUUGGCAUGCAAAGAGGUGCUAUCAUGGCUCAAGGGUCGUGGACUCGUGGUCUUGCCUCCGUGGAUGUCUACACUGAUUGCUCCAACCUCAAGCAUCUACUCACCGCAGUCAACACUACUCUCUAUUCUUAUGUUGCUUUUUCAGUUGAUGCCUCUGGGGCUUUAAUGUCGGCGUUUAAUCAUUGCUUUGUUAAUUUAGUGCCUAGAGCUGCUAAUCUAGGUGCUCACACGCUUGCUACAUCGGUCUAUUUGUAG